AUAUAUGCAAUGGACUUCGACCUAAUUUAGAUAUUGUUAACAUACCUCAACUAUUAAAAUCAUUAAUUAUCAAAUAUUGGGGUAGUAACCCUUUACUUCGCCCAAAAGCUGCUGAGUUACAAGAUUAUUUUAAAAUGUGGCAUAAUGAUUCGGAUCCAGCUGAUUUAUAUAUUUCCAAAAAACUUAGUGAACAUGAUAUUAAUAGUAGUGAAUAG